CAGCUCUAUAAUAUGAUAGGUCGGUUGCCGUGACGUCUUACGUAUGCACCGAAACGUCAUACGUAAGGUCAAGAGGAAAGAAGCAUGGCCGCUGUGCUCAGAGGGUCGCGGUACCUAGUCGGACGGUGUUGCAGGCAUGUCCAAAUUGCACUUGUCUCCAAUAGGUCGAUGGCCUCAAAGACCCAGGUGGGCUUUGUUGGUCUGGGAAACAUGGGGAAUCCAAUGGCGAAGAACUUGCUAAAGCACGGCUACCCAGUCAUUGCUACAGAUGUAUUCCCAGAGUCCUGCAAGGAGCUGCAAGAGCUGGGUGCUCAGAUUGUGGAUAAUCCGGCUGAGGUCGCAGACAAAGCUGACCGCAUUAUCACCAUGCUCCCCUCUAGCCCCAAUGUCAUUGAUGUGUAUACUGGACCUAAUGGCAUUCUGAAAAAAGUAAAGAAAGGAUCACUGCUCAUUGACUCCAGCACAAUUGAUCCAGCAGUUUCAAAAGAGGUGGCUGCUGCUUCCGAAAAGACAGGGGCCGUAUUUAUGGAUGCACCUGUAUCAGGAGGUGUGGGUGCUGCGAGUACCGGGAAACUGACUUUUAUGGUUGGAGGAGCAGAAGAGGAAUUCACUGCAGCCAAAGAGCUCCUCAGCUGCAUGGGAGCCAACGUGGUGUACUGUGGUCAAGUUGGAACUGGGCAGGCUGCUAAAAUAUGUAACAACAUGCUUCUCGCCAUCGGAAUGAUCGGGACUUCAGAGACAAUGAACUUGGGAAUAAGACUUGGUCUCGAUCCUAAACUUUUGGCCAAGAUCCUAAACAUGAGCUCAGGCCGGUGUUGGUCUAGUGACACCUACAACCCGGUGCCCGGAGUCAUGGAAGGAGUCCCGUCUGGGAACAACUACCAGGGAGGCUUCGGCACACAGCUGAUGGCAAAGGACUUGGGCCUCGCACAGAAUACCGCCACCAAUACAAAGACUCCGGUCCCCCUCGGCUCCUUAGCCCAUCAGAUCUACCGAAUGAUGUGUGCGCGAGGUUAUGCCAAUAAAGAUUUCUCCUCCGUGUUCCAGUUCCUGCGUGAGGAGGAGGGCCAGUAAUAUCGGCCUCCAACCGUCCACAGCCGUGCCAGGCCUGCUCCUGCACAGGACUAACAGAGUAGUUAGGGUGCAUUUCACUCCUGGACCUUAUUUUAUCUUCUAAAAUUGUGAGACCCAGAGAACUUCAGCACAGCCAAACAGAUCAUCUGAGCACUUCACUCCUUCUGGAAAUCAUGUGAUAUCUGGCCCUUUCAAAAUAAAAUGCUUCUUUGCGCUUUAGAGGGAGCAAAAGUGUCACAUAGGCAGAGGAUCCAGGACAUUAAUAGACUGUUGAAUGGUGAAAGGUCUGCAACUUAAAAUGCAAAUGGUAUGGUGUCAAGAGGUCAGCUCAUUAAGACUAAACGUCUGUAAAUACAGUUUAGUCUCCACAUAUUUAUCUGUCGAUCAUUUCUUCAUGUUUCUUUUGUUCAUUUGGAUUAUUAAGGAAAUGCUAGUUUGUCAUUGUAGGAAAUAAAGAGAUUGAGGAAUU